GCGAAGACGCAGCGGUCGACGGUCAGGCGGAAGCAGCCGGAGAGAGUACGAAUUCCCAACGCCCUUCCCUGUGCAUUUUUGUUGCCUUUUUUUUUUCCCCCAACCCGAGCUGCACCGAAACCAUGAUGAAGGCCCUCGGCUCGUGGGGCACGUCCGCCGUGCUGCGACCGCAACUGCGACCGCGACUGCAAGUACAACCCCGACUAAACCGGCCUUCGCCAUGGUUUCCUACCGAGAUCCGCCCGCGCAUAAUGGCGCGCAAUUUAUUCCUCAGCAGCAGCUCGCGGCCAAGGCAAAUUCAGCGGGGCAUCGCCGAACCGUUUGGCCGCCGCGAACCAGUCUCGACCCCGUCGCCUCGCCCGCUUGAACAACCGAGCUUCCGGCCACACGCGCCCCGAUCCCAGAACCAACAACGCCGUUUCUACAACUACUACCCCGGCGGCGGCGGCGGCAAUCGCGAAAGAUCCCCGCCUCCUUACGAUCCCGAGCACCGCGAGGCCCGGCUCCGGGAGGCAAAACCCCUCUUCCACUGGCGCGGCUUCCGCGCGCUCAACACGCCGUCGACCUACACCGUCGUCGCCGUCGCCGUGUCGGGCGCCCUCAUCUUCUACUUCUCCAACCUCGAGACGGUGCCCGUGUCCGGGCGGACGCGCUUCAACGUGUACAGCCCGGAGUCGGUCAAGAAGGCGGGAGAGAUGGAGCACAAGCGGCUGCUGUGGGAGCUGGAGCAGAGGGGCGCCCGCCUGCUGCCCGACUGGGACCCCCGCACCAUCCGCGUCAAGAGGGUCAUGGCCCGCCUGAUACCCUUCUCGGGCAUGCAGGACGAGAAUUGGGAGGUGUACGUCGUGGACGAUCCGCGCACGGCCAACGCGUUCGUGCUGCCAGGCGGGAAGGUCUACGUCUUCAGUGGGAUCCUGGGCCUGGCGAGGAACGACAGCGGGCUGGCGACCGUGCUGGGCCACGAGGUCGCGCACAACCUGGCGGACCACCACGGCGAGCGGCUGAGCCAGGACAUCGGCGCCAGCAUCGUCCUGUGGAGCCUCGUCAUCCUGGGCGGCGCCUUUGGGCUGGGCCCCAUCAUCAUGCACUUCUUCGGCUCGCGCUUCCUCGACGUCGCCUUUGGUUUCCCCAUGAGCCGGCUGCAGGAGAGCGAGGCCGACUACAUCGGCCUGAUGAUGAUGGCCGAGGCCUGCUACGAUCCGCGGGAAGCCGUCGGCUUCUGGGCCCGCAUGGAGAGGGCCACCGGGCAGGAAGUGCCCGAGUGGAUGAGCACGCACCCGACGAACAUGAACAGGAUCAAGAAGAUUCAGGAGUGGCUGCCUCAAGCCAUGGAGAAACGAGCCAAGAGCGACUGCAGCACGACGGCGUCAUUUGCCGACCUCUUCAGACAGGCUUUACGCACCGGUCAGGCUGUCAUUGUCAUAUAAAAGGCACCCCCCCCCCUUUUUUUUUUCUUCUCUUUUUGUUCAGGAGCGCGGAGUUACGGCAAGAUAGACACGGGGAUUGGGUUC